GACGCGGGAUUAACUAUAACUUGUAGUCAAUUUGCACUUUGAAGGGUCGCGAUGGGUCGCAUCCAAGUGUUUAAGCCUCCCGUGCUUCGCCCCCUGUUAUCCUCAGCUCGACCGCAAUCACCUCCUUGUACGCAGUACCACAACGACAUGGCAACCCUAGAAGUCAUCGCAAACCCGUCAAAUGCGACCGUUGACAUCGUUCUGGUUCACGGCUGGCUCGAUGGCCGACAGCCCUGGACGUACAGCUCUGCAACGUCGUCUAUUUUCUGGCCCAAGACCCUUCUGGCUGCCGAAAUCCCCGGCGCUCGCAUAAUAGAGAUCAGGUACGAGACAGAACUUAAGAAGUUCUGGUCAGUCAGUGCAGAGACUCCACUGGACACUCUUUCGGAUGAUAUUUUCUGGGAACUGGAGAUCGUACGAUCCAGUACAGAAACGAGAAAGCGUCCCAUCAUCCUCGUUGCUCAUAGCAUUGGUGGCCUGAUUUGUGAAAAUGCCUUGAUCAGAGCAACGGAUGGCACAGAUGACCGCAAGGAACUCGCUAGUUGCAUUCGACGUAUAGCGUUUCUGGGAACGCCACAUGGAGUCGAUGCGGCAUCGUGGGGCGAGACUGCAAGGAAAUUCCUGAUGCUGAGCAGGAGCCCCGAUGUGCCGAUCACCGAGGAUUGGAUAAGGAGACUGGCUAAAUUUGAUGCACUUGGCGAAAGGUUCCCGGCUGUGGUCGAAGCUCGGUCGCGUAAUGCCGAGACCCGACUUGAAGUAGCCUGCUUCUACGAAGGCCAACGCACAGCGUGUGGAAAUGGUUCUAUGACACUUGCGGAUGAACUGUCAGUCAGCAUCCCGCGAUGUCCACCACCCGAAAGACUGGAAGCCAACCAUCAAAACCUGGGAGUAUUCCCGAACAAGGAAGAUCCGAACUUCCGAAGGGUUUGUAGGCAGUUGGUGAGAUGGGCAAGAGACCUCUCAAAGCCGAGUGGCAACGACCAGCAGGCGAGAUUCGUUUCCAACGCGACCUUUUCGGGUCCCAACAAUUCGGGAUUUCAGUUGGGAAUGAACACGGGAACAUUGAACGGUUUUACUUUUGGAGGGGGUACACGCUAAAGGUGCGAGUACAUGAACUAUGCCAUGUACAUGUAUUUAGCUCUUGACUGCAUAUCUCUUCGAUGUGUCUAGUUAGUUGGUAUUUACAGACGUAGCCUAGAUUAUAUUGACCUAUGAACGCUUUGCCAUG